ACGUCUUGUUUCCUCGUUUCAAAGUAGCAAACAACACGCAGUUUCCGUCUUAAUCAGAUUUAUGUUUUCUUCAUCACAUGCUCUGGACCUCUGUCUUGUUCAAAAGUUCUCUAAGACCAAACAAAGAGCUUCUGCGAUUUUCCUGUUCCGUAUCUAAUCUCGCAGUGAUUUUUUGGGAAGGAGAUGGGUUUCAUAAUGGAGUUUGCGGAGAAUCUGGUGCUGAGGUUGAUGGAGGAUCCGGAGGUGAGAGACAGGAAAGCGAGGGAGCACAUAUAUGAGAUGCACGAGAGGUGCAAGAAGAUUAAGGAGAUGUGGGCUUUGCCUAUUCGUCCUUAUGGUUUCUGGACUUUUGAGCGUCACAACGCUCAGCUUCGUUGGGAUCCUCAGAUCAGUCAGGUUGCUGGUCGUAGGGACCCUUAUGAUGAUCUCCUUCAGGACCACCCUUCUUCCUCAAACUAAUCAUUUAAUGGUUCAGUAGUAUAUCCACAUUGUGGCGUGGAGUGGUGUAUAUUUUUUAUUCCAGGAGUUUGUACAUCUGUUCUUCUUAGCAUAUGU